GCCGCCGUCUGCUCCGGCGGUUGGGCCGCUGCCCCCGCUUCGCCUUUUCUCUCGCCUCCCCGCGGCGCUGAGGAAGGGUCGGCUCUGGCGAAGGGGCUCCGGGAAGCCGAGGUGAAAGCUGCAGGAGCCUGGGGCUGCUGAAGAGAGGGAUUCAUCCUAUUCAACUUUAUCUGACUUGAACAAUUAAAGGAUAUUUUUGGUAGUUUUAAAUUUAAGCAGAGGCAGCUUUUUUUUUUUUUUUUUUUUUUCCCUUUUGAGUUGUUUUUUUUUUUUUUUUUUUUUUUCUGGAUUUUGCUUUUUUCUUUUCUUUUUGGGAAGCCAUGGCAGAUGUGGACCCAGACACGCUGCUGGAAUGGCUGCAGAUGGGGCAGGGGGAUGAAAGGGAUAUGCAGCUGAUAGCACUGGAACAGCUCUGCAUGCUACUUCUGAUGUCAGACAACGUGGAUCGCUGUUUUGAAACAUGUCCUCCUCGAACUUUUUUACCAGCACUGUGCAAAAUUUUUCUUGAUGAAAGUGCACCAGACAAUGUAUUAGAAGUAACAGCUCGUGCCAUCACCUACUAUCUGGAUGUAUCAGCAGAAUGCACUCGUAGGAUUGUCGGAGUCGAUGGAGCUAUCAAGGCACUUUGUAAUCGUUUAGUAGUUGUUGAGCUUAACAACAGAACCAGCAGAGAUUUGGCUGAGCAGUGUGUGAAGGUGUUAGAAUUAAUCUGUACCCGUGAGUCAGGGGCUGUGUUUGAAGCUGGAGGAUUGAAUUGCGUCCUGACAUUUAUUCGUGACAGCGGACACCUUGUUCAUAAAGAUACUUUACAUUCUGCUAUGGCUGUAGUAUCCAGGCUGUGUGGCAAAAUGGAACCUCAGGAUUCUUCAUUGGAGAUCUGUGUGGAAUCACUGUCUAGUUUGUUAAAACAUGAAGACCAUCAGGUUUCUGAUGGAGCUCUGCGAUGCUUUGCUUCAUUAGCUGACAGAUUCACACGUCGUGGAGUUGACCCGGCUCCGUUAGCUAAGCAUGGAUUAACUGAGGAGUUGUUAUCUCGCAUGGCAGCUGCUGGUGGGACAGCAUCAGGACCAUCUUCAGCUUGCAAACCUGGCCGAACUAGCACUGGAGCACCAACUACAGCUGCAGACUCUAAAUUAAGUAAUCAGGUGUCAACUAUUGUAAGCCUGUUGUCAACCCUGUGUAGAGGCUCUCCAGUAGUAACACAUACUUUUAAUUAUUUCCAGGAUCUCCUAAGAUCUGAACUUCCAGAUUCUAUAGAAAGUGCGUUGCAGGGUGAUGAGAGAUGUGUACUGGAUACCAUGCGGUUAGUAGAUCUUCUUUUGGUGCUACUGUUCGAAGGGAGAAAAGCCCUGCCAAAAUCCAGUGCUGGAUCUACAGGCAGAAUUCCAGGAUUGCGAAGACUGGAUAGUUCUGGUGAACGUUCUCAUCGGCAGCUGAUAGACUGCAUCCGCAGUAAGGAUACCGAUGCAUUAAUAGAUGCUAUUGACACGGGAGCUUUUGAAGUAAAUUUUAUGGAUGACGUAGGACAAACUCUUUUAAACUGGGCCUCAGCUUUUGGAACUCAGGAAAUGGUAGAAUUUCUCUGUGAAAGGGGUGCUGAUGUUAACAGAGGGCAGAGGUCAUCCUCAUUACAUUACGCAGCAUGUUUUGGAAGACCUCAGGUAGCAAAGACUCUCUUGCGACAUGGUGCAAACCCUGAUUUAAGAGAUGAAGAUGGGAAAACUCCUUUAGACAAAGCUCGUGAAAGGGGUCACAGUGAAGUAGUAGCUAUUCUCCAAUCUCCAGGAGAUUGGAUGUGUCCUGUUAACAAAGGUGAUGAGAAGAAAAAGAAAGAUGCAAACAAGGAUGAGGAAGAAUGUAAUGAACCCAAAGGAGAUCCAGAAAUGGCACCUAUAUACUUGAAAAGAUUAUUGCCUGUAUUUGCACAAACAUUUCAACAAACUAUGUUGCCUUCAAUAAGGAAAGCAAGUCUUGCUCUCAUUAGGAAAAUGAUACAUUUUUGUUCUGAGGCGCUGCUGAAGGAGGUUUGUGACUCUGAUGCUGGCCACAAUCUGCCCACAAUACUGGUUGAGAUAACAGCUACAGUUCUUGAUCAAGAGGAUGAUGAUGAUGGCCAUUUGCUAGCCUUGCAAAUCAUAAGGGAUUUGGUGGAUAAAGGUGGUGAUCUUUUUCUAGACCAACUGGCUAGACUUGGUGUAAUCAGUAAAGUGUCAACUCUGGCAGGACCUUCAUCUGAUGAUGAGAAUGAAGAGGAGUCUAAACCUGAGAAAGAGGAUGAACCACAGGAGGAUGCUAAAGAGUUGCAGCAGGGUAAACCAUAUCACUGGAGAGACUGGUCAAUCAUUAGGGGAAGGGACUGCCUGUACAUAUGGAGUGAUGCUGCAGCUCUGGAACUCUCUAAUGGUAGUAAUGGAUGGUUCAGAUUUAUCUUGGAUGGGAAACUGGCCACAAUGUAUUCCAGUGGAAGCCCUGAGGGAGGAUCUGAUAGUUCAGGAAUUGGAUUACUAAAUAGUAAAGGAUGUAAACAGGUGGAAGGUGAAAGUAGGAGUGAAUUCCUUGAGAAGCUGCAAAGAGCUCGAAGCCAAGUAAAGCCAUCUACUACAAGUCAGCCAAUUUUAUCAGCACCUGGGCCGACUAAACUUACUGUUGGAAAUUGGUCACUUACCUGUUUAAAAGAAGGAGAAAUUGCUAUCCACAAUUCAGACGGUCAGCAAGCUACAAUACUGAAAGAAGAUCUGCCAGGCUUUGUGUUUGAAUCUAACAGAGGAACAAAGCAUUCAUUUACAGCUGAAACCUCUCUGGGAUCAGAAUUUGUGACUGGUUGGACUGGCAAAAGAGGAAGAAAGCUAAAAUCUAAGCUGGAGAAGACAAAGCAGAAGGUACGUACUAUGGCAAGAGAUUUGUAUGACGAUCAUUUUAAAGCUGUUGAAAGCAUGCCUCGAGGAGUAGUUGUAACACUGAGGAACAUAGCAACACAGUUAGAGUCUGCAUGGGAACUUCAUACAAACAGACAGUGUAUCGAGGGAGAAAACACUUGGAGAGAUUUAAUGAAGACUGCUUUGGAAAACUUAAUUGUUCUUUUGAAGGAUGAGAAUACCAUUUCUCCAUAUGAAAUGUGUAGUAGUGGAUUGGUUCAAUCAUUGCUUACAGUUUUAAAUAAUAAUGUUGAUUUAGAUAUGAAACAAGACUGUAGUCAACUAGUAGAAAGAAUAAAUGUAUUCAAAACAGCAUUCAGUGAAAAUGAAGAUGAUGAGAGUCGACCAGCAGUUGCAUUAAUUCGGAAAUUAAUAGCAGUGUUAGAAUCUAUUGAACGUCUACCUCUUCACUUGUAUGACACACCAGGAUCUACUUAUAAUCUUCAGAUAUUGACGAGACGUUUGAGGUUUCGUUUGGAACGUGCUUCAGGGGAAACAUCCUUAAUAGAUCGAACUGGCAGAAUGCUAAAGAUGGAGCCACUGGCAACUGUUGAAUCUCUAGAACAGUAUCUUCUGAAAAUGGUUGCAAAGCAGUGGUAUGACUUUGAUAGGGCUUCAUUUGUUUUUGUACGAAAACUACGUGAAGGCCAAACAUUUGUAUUCAGGCAUCAACACGAUUUCGAUGAAAAUGGAAUUAUUUACUGGAUUGGAACAAAUGCGAAAACUGCAUAUGAGUGGGUAAAUCCAGCAGCCUAUGGGUUAGUAGUGGUUACAUCCUCAGAAGGAAGAAAUCUGCCUUAUGGCCGUUUAGAAGACAUCCUAAGCCGUGACAGUUCAGCUCUCAAUUGUCAUACUAAUGAUGAUAAGAAUGCUUGGUUUGCCAUAGAUCUUGGCCUUUGGGUUAUACCAUCAGCUUACACAUUACGCCAUGCUCGAGGUUAUGGACGAUCUGCUCUCAGAAAUUGGGUUUUCCAGGUAUCUAAGGAUGGACAGAACUGGACUACUUUGUAUACUCAUGUCGAUGACUGUAGUCUCAAUGAACCAGGGUCUACAGCAACAUGGCCUUUAGAUCCUCCAAAGGAUGAGAAACAAGGUUGGAGGCAUGUUAGAAUAAAACAAAUGGGAAAGAAUGCCAGUGGGCAAACACACUACCUCUCCCUGUCUGGAUUUGAACUUUAUGGCACUGUGAAUGGAGUAUGUGAAGACCAGUUGGGAAAAGCUGCUAAAGAAGCAGAAGCAAAUCUGCGAAGGCAGCGACGUCUGGUCCGCUCUCAAGUUUUGAAAUACAUGGUUCCAGGAGCUAGGGUAAUCAGAGGAAUUGAUUGGAAGUGGAGAGAUCAGGAUGGAAGCCCACAGGGUGAAGGCACUGUUACAGGAGAAUUGCACAAUGGCUGGAUUGAUGUCACCUGGGAUGCUGGUGGCUCUAACUCUUACCGUAUGGGCGCAGAAGGAAAGUUUGACCUCAAGCUUGCACCAGGGUACGACCCUGAUUCAGCGGCAUCACCCAAACCUGUUUCAUCCACUGUUUCAGGCACAACGCAGUCAUGGAGCAGCUUGGUGAAAAACAACUGUCCAGACAAGACGACUGCUGCUGCAGGCUCCUCAAGUAGAAAAGGAAGCAGCAGUUCUGUGUGUAGCGUGGCCAGUAGCAGCGACAUCAGCUUGGGUUCGACCAAAAUGGAGCGGAGAUCAGAAAGUGUAAUGGAGCAAAAUAUAGUUUCAGGCACUGACGUCCAUGAACCAAUUGUUGUUCUGUCUUCCGCUGAUAAUGUACCUCAGGCUGAAGUAGGGUCAUCUUCCAGUGCAAGCACCAGCACCUUAACAGCGGACAUGGGAAAUGAAAAUGCAGAAAGGAAGUUAGGUCCUGAUAAUUCGAUACGUACUCCUGGGGAGUCCAGUGCUAUCUCCAUGGGAAUUGUUAGUGUAAGCUCUCCUGAUGUUAGUUCAGUUUCCGAACUGACUAAUAAAGAAGCAGCAUCCCAACGACCUCUAAGCUCUUCAGCAAGUAACAGACUUUCAGUUAGCUCUUUGUUGGCUGCCGGGGCACCAAUGAGCUCCAGUGCAAGUGUUCCUAACUUAUCAUCUCGAGAAACUUCAAGCCUGGAGUCUUUUGUAAGAAGAGUGGCAAACAUAGCACGUACCAAUGCCACAAACAACAUGAAUUUAAGCCGAAGCAGCAGUGAUAACAAUACUAAUACUCUGGGAAGAAACGUCAUGAGUACCGCAACGUCUCCUCUUAUGGGUGCACAAAGUUUUCCUAAUCUGACUACAACUGGUACCACAUCAACAGUGACCAUGUCUACAUCCAGUGUUACUAGCAGCAGCAAUGUAGCUACAGCAACUACAGUUUUAUCUGUUGGUCAGUCGCUUAGUAAUACUCUAACUACUAGCCUAACAUCAACAUCUAGUGAGAGCGAUACAGGGCAGGAAGCAGAAUAUUCUUUAUAUGAUUUUCUGGAUAGCUGUCGAGCUAGUACUCUGUUGGCAGAGUUAGAUGAUGAUGAGGAUCUACCUGAACCAGAUGAAGAAGAUGAUGAAAAUGAAGAUGAUAACCAAGAAGAUCAAGAAUAUGAGGAAGUUAUGGAAGAAGAGGAGUAUGAGACCAAAGGAGGUCGUAGAAGAACAUGGGAUGAUGAUUAUGUAUUGAAACGACAAUUUUCUGCUCUGGUUCCUGCUUUUGACCCAAGACCUGGUCGAACAAAUGUUCAGCAAACAACUGAUUUAGAAAUCCCUCCACCGGGUACACCUCAUUCAGAACUCUUGGAAGAGGUUGAGUGCAUGCCUUCACCACGCUUAGCACUUACAUUGAAAGUUUCUGGUCUUGGAACAACUCGAGAAGUAGAACUGCCCCUAACAAAUUUUCGAUCCACAAUAUUUUACUACGUACAGAAAUUGUUACAGCUUUCCUGUAAUGGCAAUGUGAAAUCUGACAAACUUAGACGUAUUUGGGAGCCAACAUAUACAAUCAUGUACAGAGAAAUGAAGGAUUCUGAUAAAGAAAAAGAAAGUGGAAAAAUGGGUUGCUGGUCAGUAGAGCAUGUGGAGCAGUACCUUGGCACUGAUGAAUUACCAAAGAAUGACUUGAUAACCUACCUGCAGAAGAAUGCAGAUUCAGCUUUCCUGCGCCACUGGAAAUUAACCGGCACUAAUAAAAGUAUUAGGAAAAACAGAAAUUGUUCCCAGCUCAUAGCUGCGUACAAGGAUUUUUGUGAACAUGGAUCAAAAUCUGGAUUAAGCCAGGGGGCCAUUUCUACUCUUCAGAAUUCUGAUAUCCUUAGUUUGGCAAAAGAGCAACCUCAAGCCAAAGCUGGCAGUGGGCAGAACUCCUGUGGAGUAGAAGAUGUUUUGCAGUUACUUCGCAUUUUGUAUAUAGUUGCUAGUGACCCUUACACAGCACGAACUUCUCAAGAAGAAGGAGAUGAGCAUCCUCAGUUUAACUUUCCUCCAGAUGAAUUCACAAGCAAAAAAAUUACUACAAAAAUUCUGCAGCAGAUUGAGGAACCCUUGGCACUAGCAAGUGGAGCUUUGCCAGACUGGUGUGAGCAGCUAACAAGCAAGUGUCCUUUCUUAAUUCCAUUUGAAACUAGGCAAUUAUACUUCACCUGCACAGCAUUUGGAGCAUCAAGAGCAAUUGUGUGGUUACAAAACAGACGUGAAGCCACUGUUGAAAGAACAAGAACCACAAGCACAGUGCGACGUGAUGAUCCGGGAGAAUUCAGAGUGGGACGCCUGAAGCAUGAAAGGGUGAAAGUUCCGCGAGGUGAAUCCCUGAUGGAAUGGGCAGAAAAUGUCAUGCAGAUUCAUGCAGACAGAAAAUCUGUUCUAGAGGUUGAGUUUUUAGGGGAGGAAGGAACAGGCCUGGGUCCUACCUUGGAAUUUUAUGCAUUGGUAGCAGCAGAAUUUCAGAGGACGGAUUUGGGAGCUUGGCUUUGUGAUGACGAUUUUCCAGAUGAUGAGUCUCGUCAGGUUGAUAUUGGUGGUGGAUUAAAACCCCCUGGUUACUAUGUGCAGCGAUCAUGUGGACUCUUCACAGCACCAUUCCCACAAGACAGUGAUGAACUUGAUAGGAUAACCAAGCUCUUUCAUUUCCUUGGAAUUUUCUUGGCUAAAUGCAUUCAAGACAAUAGACUUGUGGAUCUACCCAUUUCUAAGCCUUUUUUUAAACUCAUGUGUAUGGGAGACAUUAAAAGCAAUAUGAGUAAGUUGAUAUAUGAAUCACGGAGUGACAGGGACUUGCACUGUACUGAAAGUCAGUCGGAGGCUUCUACAGAAGAAGGACAUGAUUCAUUGUCAGUAGGAAGUCUGGAAGAAGACUCCAAAUCAGAGUUUAUUCUUGAUCCACCAAAACCUAAACCUCCUGCCUGGUUUAAUGGAAUUCUAACGUGGGAAGACUUUGAAUUGAUAAAUCCACAUAGAGCAAGGUUUCUAAAAGAAAUUAAGGACCUUGCUGUUAAAAGGCGUCAAAUUUUAAGCAACAAAAGUCUGUCAGAAGAUGAAAAAAAUACAAAACUACAGGAAUUAAUGCUGAAGAAUCCAUCAGGUUCUGGGCCACCACUUAGCAUAGAGGAUUUGGGUUUAAAUUUUCAGUUUUGCCCUUCAUCCAAAGUGUACGGAUUUACAGCUGUAGAUCUCAAACCAGGUGGUGAAGAUGAGACUGUAACAAUGGAUAAUGCAGAGGAGUAUGUGGAUCUCAUGUUUGACUUCUGCAUGCAUACUGGUAUACAGAAGCAGAUGGAGGCAUUCAGAGAUGGCUUCAAUAGAGUCUUCCCAAUGGAGAAGCUGAGUUCUUUCAGCCACGAAGAAGUCCAGAUGAUUCUUUGUGGAAAUCAGUCACCUUCCUGGGCAGCAGAGGAUAUCAUUAAUUAUACAGAACCUAAACUGGGAUAUACACGGGACAGCCCUGGAUUCCUUCGAUUUGUGAGAGUUCUAUGUGGGAUGUCUUCAGAUGAAAGAAAGGCUUUCCUCCAGUUCACCACUGGUUGCUCAACACUCCCACCAGGAGGACUGGCAAACCUACAUCCCCGGCUGACUGUUGUACGCAAGGUUGAUGCUACAGAUGCCAGUUACCCGUCUGUGAAUACGUGUGUGCAUUACCUGAAGUUGCCUGAGUAUUCUUCUGAGGAGAUUAUGAGAGAGCGUCUGCUAGCUGCUACAAUGGAAAAAGGCUUCCAUCUCAACUGAGUUGUUGACUGCGAUGUUGGACAUGAGAAAGUGUUUUUUGAUACUAGCAAAGCCUCUUGUGUUUGUGUGCAGAAAAAUAUGAUCUCCACGCUGUGCUCUGACGAGACUUGCCUUUUUUCACUCGUGAGGAACUUGUGGAAUAAGUUUGUUAGCUGCUAAUGACAGAAUAAAUCCUUAUAACUACACAGCCAGCAAGAAAUUGGCACAGAACACUGUGUGAUGCUUCAAGGGCUUGCACAACUGGAAAUUAAGGUGGUUCUGUUUGACUGUUCCAAAGAACAGAUCAUCAGAUUUUCAGUGUUCACUGAUACAAAUUUCUAACAGUGUAUUUGUGUAAAGUUUGUCAUUUAAUACCUUGUACACUACAGUUGCCAUCACCGAUCCCUGUUUUGCUGGCUUUAAGCUAACCGGUCAGAAACUUGCUUCCUUAAAACUUAGAGUUAAUGGGCAUCUCCAGCUUUUUCUUUUUUAAUGGUGCCUGCACUAUUGGAGUAUUUUAGUGGGUUUUUGCAUAUAAUCAUGCACAACCUUUUGUUUUCUUUCAAGUGGGAAUAUAUUUUGAUUUCUCAAAUGCCCUGCUAUGAAGAUCAAAUCCGUAAGUGUAUUUGUGCAGUUCAACAAUAAAGCUAUUAAAAAGAACACACACUGGUUCCUAGUGCAAGGCACACUUAAAGCAAGUUUUACUUUUGGUUGUAUUUUCUUUGUAUAUUAUAAACAUUUAUUUAACUUGUUGCAGUUUGAAGUUUAAAAACAACAAAACACCCAAUGUGUAAGCUCAACAGUAAUCAUUAAAAUGUUUGCAACAUA